AUGGCCGGAGCUCACAGGCUCCUCGUCAGUAUGUCCUGCGAGGCCGGCGGCACGUCGCGCCGGACGCUGACCGCCGCGGCGCUGCUCCUCUGCCUGCUGCUGGGCGUCGCGUCGGCGCACCCGCUGCCGAGCGGCCGGACGAACGCCACCGCGCUGGAGAGGCGCUGGGAGACGCUCUUCUCCCGCUCCGUGCUGGGGAUCUCCGGGGAGAAGCCGGAGCUCAACUGGGAGAGCGACUACCUGCUGGGCAUCAAGCGGGUGCGGAGGCUCUACUGCAACGUGGGCAUCGGCUUCCACCUGCAGGUGCUCCCGGACGGACGGAUCACCGGCGUGCACCACGAGAACCCGUACAGUCUGAUUGAGAUCUCCACCGUGGAGAGAGGAGUGGUGAGCCUGCACGGCGUCAAGAGUGACUUGUAUGUCGCCAUGAACAGACGAGGGAGACUAUAUGGGACGACAUUUUUCCACGAGGAAUGCAAGUUCCGAGAGAAGAUGCUCCCCAAUAACUACAACGCCUACGAGUCGCUGGCGUACAAAGGCUUCUUCGUGGCACUCAGCAAGCACGGCCGCGUGAAAAGAGGCAACAAGGCCACCACUGCCAUGACUGUAACGCACUUCCUGCCCCGAAUAUGAACCCCCCCGUCCCCCGUCCCUCCUAACCGAGCAAAGACUGGCAAUAACAAACGUAUUUGCACAUGUGGAUUCUUUCCCAGGUAACUUCAACACCUAUACAUACUGUACAUCCAAAAAGGCAACAACACGGACUGUCAUGGAAAGAAAAUGUGAUAGUAUUUAUUCAGACUUUAUAUGUAUAUUCGGGUAGCUUACUUUGUAUUAGAAAUGAAGAAAUGCCUUUCUUUGCUGCUUUUCGUUGGAUUGACACCAAUUUGGCAUGGGGGCACAGAGAGGCUUCAAUGGUACCCUCACUUUUGACUGUAAGGGUGCUCGCUGAAGUUCACGGAGUGUUUGCCCUGUCAGCUUGUAUAAUUAUAUUACCUCAAAGCACCAACAUCCUGAGUUGACGAAAUCGAUAAAGUAUACAUGCAUGAAACUACUACAGAUAACAAACAAAAAAGCCUGUUUUUGUUGCACCAUUUGUUGAAUCUCUAGCGGGUCAACAACAGCACGAUGGUUGUUCUUGCUUUGUCAUGAGGUAGCGGUGCCUUGAAUUCCUAUUGUGUGCCCGCCACCGCCCCAGCCCCCGCCCCACCUGCAUGCGAGAAACGUUGGUGCUCAAGUCAGAAAUAGGAAUGAAAGACAAGACAUCUCUCCCGCAGACCCCAUUCCUGGGGGGGCCGGACGUUUCCCCGCUUAGUCCCCUACGGAAUUAGAUCGAGAAAGUCAAUUGGCACUGCGGAUGUUAACGCAGCCGAGCCUUUUACUCUUCCCAUCACGAUUUAAAGAGAGCACUCAGCCUCUGAGGGAGCUUCGACAAUCUCACACUUACUUGCUUAUCAGGCUUGAUGAGUGUGUGUGUGUGUGUGUGUGUGUGUGUGUUUGUGUGUGUGUUUGUGUGGUCAUGGCAUCAUUACAAGUAUGAACAGAUCAUUAUUUCUCACUCAGCGUGGUGAAUUUGGACAAAAAGUGACAAUGGGAGCUCUUUUGGCGUGGCACUUAAAAGCCUCUAUGCAGGAAGUAGUGGUGUGGAUGCGACUGCUGAUUAGUCAGUUCACUGUUAACGAGGGUCUGCCUUGAAGGACAUCAGGACUACACUUCAGGUACCUCAGUCUCUCACGUUUUAGAUUGUGUUUAUUAUGGAUGGAAGGAUUUAUGCAAACUGGUCACUGAGGAUGUAGCGUACUUUACUUGAAUGCAACAAUUUGAGAUGCUGUGUGAGCCAAUGCGGGGACAGGACGGGGCAAAGGUUGAUGCUCAGAGUUGGACUUAUAAGGGACGGUGCACGCGGCCUCCAUUGUUGGUUUAACUCGGCGAGGAUGCCUGUAAUGUGGGCUAACAUAGCUGAGCCAUCGUGCUCAAGUGGGCCCCAUCCGUCAAAGCCAUUUGUGUACCAAGGUUGGAGGUGCUGACGUUUCAGUGUCCGGUUACUGACGUUUAGGUGUUUUCAUCUUUUGACCUCGGUCUUUGAUCAAGACCGCGAGGUGCUCUCGUGUUUUUGUGCUGCUGAAAUGAGGUGCAAUCAAUGUUGACUGUUAGUGAAGUGGAACCCCUAAAGUUCAACUCUUUGCCCGUCAAAACCAUUCGUGAUCCAAAGAAAAGGUUGAAGAACAACAUGGUUCUAAGGUUGUACAUCUUCAGUUCAGUGAGCAUUUAGGUACUUGCGGAUUUUGCGAAAGCAGAUUUGUUUUUGUUUUUGUCAAAUAUCAAUCAAAACUAAUGAAGAAGGGAACUGCCAAUUACCUUUAAAGUUUCAGCAUAGAACCAAAGGUCCUGUCUUCUCCCGCGGUGGACUCUCCAGCUGUUCUUUUAUCUUCUUCUCUGAAAACGAACAAAAUGCACACAAUUAUAUUUUGGAAAACGAUCUCAACAAACCGGCAUUGGUUGAAAAAUGUACUUUAUGUCCCUGACAAACGUCACAAGUCAAUGCGCAAGCAAUGGCUAGUUUGAGUUCUGUUGAUGUGACUCAGCCACUCCGAGGGAUAUUGACAUAAACGGGUUCCACUUUAAUAACUUAAAAGGAGACCUGCUCCUUCAUGACGCUGCCAUAAUAGGCAUUUGGUCCUCUUACAGGAUGAGUGAAUAAUAUAUUGUGAUAUCAGGAAACACUGAAUGUUUCUCAUUUACUGUGAUUAACUUAUUUUUUACACUUGUGUAGCAGUGAAGUAUGUUCUAAUGCAGUGGUGUCAAACUUGUUUUCAUCGCUGUUACGGCUGCCUUCAGAGGGUCGCUUGUAGCAGUGAAUAAUAUAGGAAUAUAAAUCACCUCAUGAUAUGGUUACACAAUUGCCUGUGCAUUUGAUUAUUAUUUACGUACAAAUUGAGGGAUGACUUGCUGUGAGGGCUGCACAGUGGCGCAGUGAAAUCAUGAGUCAAAGUGACAAGAAGAUAUUUAAGUAUUUAUUUUUACAAAAAUAAAUUGUAUUACGGUGUAUAGUAGUAUAAUUGUCGCAUGAAUAGAAAAUAGCAAAGUUUAAUAGACAUGCAAUUUCAUGCAGUACUUAAUUUUUUUCAAAAUGGAAAGAACGAGUACAUUAAUGUGGCGGGCUUGAUCUGGCCCCGGGGCCUUGAGUUUGACACCUGUGUACUACUGUUAUUCCAAACUAUCAGCAUUCGCUAUGCAACCUGCCUGGUCCAACCCCUUUGUCCUGCCCAGGGCUCUUGCCCAGGUCUCUCAGAUGGGGUUCGUGUUGUAGUCUUUAAUGAGCUGCAAGCAUUAAAACCUGCUUUCUCCCUGGUUCAACCAUGCAAGACACACCCCAAUAAAACUUGUAUCUACACUACCGUUCAAAAGUUUGGGGUCACAGUAAAAUGUCCUUAUUUUUCAAUGAAGAUAACUUUAAACUAGUCUUAACUUUAAAGAAGUACACUCUAUACAUUGCUAAUGUGGUAAAUGACUAUUCUAGCUGCAAAUGUCUGGUUUUUGGUGCAAUAUCUACAUCGGUGUAUAGAGGCCCAUUUCCAGCAACUAUCACUCCAGUGUUCUAAUGGUACAAUGUGUUUGCU